AUGAGUGAAUUUAACUCUGACAAUAGCGAUGAACAAGACAAGGAAAACCUCCCUUUACUUCGGGUGAGGAAACCGAGAAACUAUGGUAGACUUGUUUUAGUGUCGAUAGACCCUAACUUUUAUAAUACAACACUUCCAGAGAUUCUGCUUAAACAUUUUAAAGACUCAACUGAACUGUCAACUAAAGAGUCAUUAAAGAGCCAUGAAGUAACGACUGGGCUGAGGACCAGACUUAUCAAUUGGCUUGUUGAAGUCACUUCAUCGUUCGAGUGCAGUGACAAUGUAUUUUUUUUAACUGUGAGACUCUUAGAUACCUUUCUCAAACUCACCAGCGGCUACACCGAAGACAAUUUUCAUUUGGUCGGCAUCACUUGUCUGUUCAUCGCUUCUAAGUUUGAUGAAGUUUCUCCUUUGCAAUUCAAAGUAAUCCACGAAAACAUCCUCUUCAAAGACUAUAACGAAGAAGAAAUCCGGACUCUGGAAGCCAAAAUCUUGGAGGUUUUGUCUUUCAGAGUGAACAUUCAGACUUGUCUCGACACUGUGGGCUGCCUUAAAAACAGAUAUGAUAGAGACAACCUUAUAAGCGGCAUCGCAACUUUGAUCCUUUACCUUGUGCAGUUUUACUAUGAUGCCCUAGAGUACACCCCAAGACAGCAAGCUAUUGCAGCUUUUAUUAUGGCUGCUUAUUCUACCAGAAGAAUGAACAUAGUAAGAGAAAUUUUGACUGAUUCAGAGCUGAUGUUCCCAGAAAUUGAAGAUUUAAUGAACAAGUUCUUUGUAGGUAUUGACGAGUUUGAAGCGAAAUUUCCUGAAUAUAAGCCAUUUUAUAAUAAAUUUCGCAAAAAUUUUAUUAAUAAUUAUUUUUUUAAAAAAAAUGAUUAAAUAGUAUCAAAAUCCAAUGAAGUUUUUAAACUUCAAAAUUAUUCACCAAGAAGGACGUCCUCUCUUUGAGUUCCUUUAA